GACACCACCCAGCCAAUCAAAGCAAGCUCGUGCCCUAUACGUGGCACACAGCAUGAAUCCUUUCCACGUCCGCCAUUUUAACGUGCGGUACUUUACGGGAGUGCUGAGUUUUAUGUUUUAUCGUUUCUUGUGAAAACAAUCUUUUUUACUGAAACGUGUUUACAUAAACGGCCACCAAAAAUGGGGAAUGUGUUCACGUCGUUGUUCAAAGGCCUCUUCGGUAAAAAGGAGAUGAGGAUUUUAAUGGUAGGACUCGAUGCAGCUGGUAAAACGACAAUUUUGUACAAAUUAAAAUUAGGCGAAAUAGUCACGACUAUCCCAACUAUAGGUUUCAAUGUAGAGACAGUUGAGUAUAAAAAUAUUAGUUUCACGGUUUGGGACGUUGGUGGUCAGGAUAAAAUCAGGCCACUUUGGCGACAUUAUUUCCAAAAUACACAGGGACUGAUAUUUGUAGUGGACAGUAAUGAUAGAGAACGUAUCGGAGAAGCUCGCGAGGAAUUAAUGAGAAUGUUAGCCGAGGAUGAACUGAGAGAUGCUGUUUUGCUUAUAUUUGCUAACAAACAGGAUUUGCCGAAUGCAAUGAAUGCAGCAGAAAUCACUGACAAAUUGGGUCUACAUUCGCUUCGUAAUCGCAAUUGGUAUAUACAAGCGACAUGCGCGACAAGCGGCGAUGGCCUUUACGAAGGUCUCGAUUGGCUUUCCAAUCAAUUGAAAAAUGCCAAUCGCUAAUCGAGGCGUUAUUCCGACAACAUUCAGUUGCUUUACUAAACAACAAACAACAACUACUACAAGAAUUCAACAACAAAAAUAAAUAAAAUAUUUAAACAAAUACCAUCAACAAAAAAACAUCUUCAUCAUCAUCAAAAAAUAUUGAAGUAAUAACUAAAUAAAAAAAAAAAAAUACGAUCGCUAUUCGCGCGCGCGCCCUGCGCCCUUCUACUAAUUACUUAAGAUAAAUUUAAUAAAACUAUACAAAAAAAACUAAAGACGAAGGAUUUUCGCACACGUUUUAAUGCGAUAAACUUUUUUUUACACGAGAAUCAAUGAACGAGAUCAAUGUUUCAGCAAAA